UAUGUUACUUUAAGCAAAUUAAAAAUUAGUUACCCUUACUGUUAUUUGUGCGAACACUCUGUUUAAAAGCGGCGCGCCAAGCACAUCAGCUGUUUCAAGUCUCAUCGGACAGAGUGGUAACAUUUUCACGCCGACUCGCUGUUACCUAAAACAUUUUGCGUUAACAGGCCUGUUAUUCACGAAUUUUCUGCUGAAGCGUGUGGUUGUUGCGGCCGGUGUAUGCGUAAAAAUAAAAACAAAAAAACGAGAAAACGUACAAAAAACGCGUGUAAAAUUUUCUAAGAUAUAAAAUAAAUCAUUUGUGAUAAGUGAAAAAAUGUUUAAUCGACUCGUGUGCUAACAAAUUAUCACUUUUCGCUUAACCAAGCGACGCGACUGUUAUUCUGCGCUGCGCUCUUCACUGUUUUCUCUGCGCGUGUGCUUUGCUUUUGUAUUCGUUGCUUCGCUUGUUUACGAAUUUCUGUGUGUGCUCAUAAAUGUGCAAAAACUAGGAGAAAAAUACAAUUGUUGAAUGAAAAUGCCAACAGCGGGCUGUCAAAAAGCAAAAAACAUGUUCAAUAAUAGCAAAAAAGUGUUUCUCGCAUUGCUGACGCUGACUGCGCUGCUUCUACGUGACGGCAGCGGCGUCGCAGCCCAUUUAAAUGUGUUUCUAAAUCCUGAAGAAGUGAUGCGUUUGCUUGGUGUCUCCGCCGAAGUCUACUAUGUUAGGGAGGGACACAUCAACAAUUACGCUCUGAAUUUCAUUGUCCCAGUUCCAGCGAAUGUCCAGGACGUGAGCUUCACGUGGCAGUCGUUGGCUGGUCGCUCGCUUCCCUACAGUCUGAAUGUGAUGUCCUCGGAUCAGGAGGUGGUGCCGCGUCCGGCGUUGAAUGUGUCGGGAAUUGGUGAAAUUCCCACACACAUUCAGACCUGGUCAGUGGCGCUGCGCUGCAGUGGAGUGCGUGCUGCCGAGGUGGACAUCACGAUCAGUCUGGAAGUAAUACUGAAUCGGUCACUGAACAAUGUCACACACUUGGUGUUUCGGCGCAAGAAGAUCUGUCUGCUCAACGAGAACGGGGAUGACCUCAAGCAGACACUGGCCAAUGAUCAGGACGAUCCUCAGUUGCUGGAGACGGUGCUGCCACCGCCCACGGGACUAAUCACGCUCGUGGUGGGCGUGACUGUGGCCAUGAGUGCUGUCUGCGUCCUCCUGGUGAUCGCGUACUGUGUGCGAGGCGCGGCAGCCAAGCGGCAGCAUCAUCAGCAUGGCGGUCAACCCAUGCGCACGUCCAGCUUCCAGCGUCUAAAUACUCAACCUCCUUGCCAAUCCUCACUGGGUUCAGCCGCAUAUAUGACGCCUUCAUUGAUUGCUCCCGUUCAUGCCUCGUCGUUGCCCCGGAAGGUGGCUGUGUCGGUGGAGCAGCAACAGCAGCCAGAGGAGCUGCAUCGUCGCAUCUCUGAGCUGACCGUGGAACGCUGUCGCGUGCGCCUCUCGAGCCUGCUGCAGGAGGGAACCUUUGGGCGUGUCUAUCGCGGCACCUACAACGAUAACCAGGAUGUUCUGGUGAAGACAGUGGCUCAGCACGCCAGCCAAAUGCAAGUACUGCUUCUGCUGCAGGAGGGCAUGCUACUUUAUGGCGCCUCGCAUCCCGGCAUACUCUCCGUCCUGGGCGUGUCCAUUGAGGAUCACACGACGCCCUUUGUACUCUAUCCCGCGCUGAACAACACCCGUAAUCUGAAGUUAUUCCUCUUGGAUCCCGCUUGUGCUCGCACUGUGACCACCAUUCAGAUAGUCAUGAUGGCCUCUCAGCUGUCCAUGGCGCUGGAUCAUCUGCACAGCCAUGGCGUGGUGCACAAAGACAUUGCCACAAGGAACUGCAUCAUUGACGAUCAGCUGCGCGUGAAACUCUCCGACAGCUCGCUCUCCCGAGAUCUCUUUCCAGCGGACUACAACUGCUUGGGCGACAGUGAAAAUCGCCCCAUCAAGUGGAUGUCUCUCGAGGCGCUGCAGCACAAGCAAUUUUCCGAGGCCAGCGAUUCGUGGGCCUUUGGCGUGCUCAUGUGGGAGCUGUGCACUUCCGCCAAGCAGCCCUACGCCGAGGUCGAUCCCUUCGAGAUGGAGCACUAUCUGAAGGACGGUUACCGUCUAGCGCAGCCCUUCAAUUGCCCCGACGAGCUAUUCACAAUCAUGGCCUACUGCUGGGCUCUGCUGCCGGGCGAACGUCCAACCUUUGCCCAACUGCAAUCCUGCCUCUCAGACUUCUAUUCACAGAUCACACGUUACGUCUAAAAGAGAAGGGCGAAAGUGAAGUUAGCGAUGCGCACUUGCAAAGUGCGUGUCUAGUCCAUUGAAUUCAUCGAAUGGCCCUCGAAUUCCUCAUCAACGUGAAACCGUAGUUAGCUGAUGUCCCACUUAGUCUGUAAACGGAUUGUUAAACUGCCAAAUCAUUAUAUAUAGAGUCUCAAUUGAGCGAGAUUACUCAGUGUAUAUAUAGAGAAAUGAAAGCGACGAUUAUGUUCUAAGAUCACCUCAAAGACUCACACACAAAUACAUAUGAAGAGAUAUGCGACUUAUAGCAGAG